ACGCACCAGCCAGACAGAAGCAUUCGAUCGCAGAGGCCUCCCCAGUGUCUCCCCCCUCUUUGUGUUUAUAUGUGUUUUUUAAUAUCUUUUUUGAGGGAAACUGUCAAGCCCUAUCCCAAAGAGCAGGGACCAAAGAGCAAAAAUAAUGUACGCUUUCGUGCGUUUCUUGGAGGACGACAUGUGCUACGCGUUACCUGUGUCAGACGUGAAAGAUUUCCAGCCUGUGCACAAAAGAGAUUUUGAUGAUCAGAAGGUGUAUGUGGUGCUGAGAGGCGCAGGCCAGCCUGCCAAAGCACACAUCCUCGCCCUGGCAGAAAGCAUUGAGGAAUUUGAGCACAGUAUUAUGCAAAAGAAGAUGAAAAUACCCAAGAUGUCCAACAGGAACACAGUGGAGAAUCAUUUUGGCGAAGAGAGAAUGCCCCUUAGACAUAAAAAGGUCCAGUCACAGGAACAGCAGCGGGCCAGUUCCAACUCCUCAAAGAGCCUGGCUGCGGUUGUGGCACGACUGGAGAGGAACGCUGUCAACUCAUGUACUGAGGGAGAGGAGCUGGACAGACUUACAACAGAGGAAGAAGAAGAACAGGAUGAGGCCGUGGUGCCUCGUGUCCUAUACGAGGAGCUUGUGCACAGCUACAGGCAGCAGGAAGAGGAAAUGAGACGCUUGCAGCAGGAACUGGAGCGCACACGCAGGCAGCUGCUGCAACAGGCCAAGAAGCUCAAGGAGUAUGGCAGUCUGCUGACUGAAGUCAAGGAGCUGCGUGAUUUCAAUCGACGCCUACAGGACGUCCUGCUCAUGAGGCUUGGCAGUGAGCCAAUGCAUGACAAUGGCACACAGACAAUCAAAGCAGAGGUGGUGGAGCCGAUCAGCGAACCACAGGAGGUGUGUCAAGAGGAAGCCAACACUAGCUCCACCCACUCCCCUUCCCCGAGAACCGUCUACACCUUCAAUGAUGGAAAAGUGCACUUGGGUGGAGGGAUUUGGGUGGAGGAGGAGAAGUGGCACCAGCUACAGCGGACACAGGGAGACUCGAAAUUCACCAAAAACCUGGCGGUGAUGAUCUGGGGCACGGAAACCCUAAAGAACCGCAGCGUGACUGGUGUCGCUACCAAGAAGAAGAAAGAUGCCCUGCCCAAACCACCGCUCUCACCAAGCAAGCUCAAAAUUGUUCGAGAGUGUCUUUACGAUCGUGUGUCUCAAGAAACAGCCGACAGCGCGGAGAUCACCCAGCGAUUAUCCAAAGUGAACAAAUACAUCUGCGAAAAGAUCAUGGAUAUCAACAAAUCUAUCAAGAACGAGGAACGCAGAGAGUCCAAGCUUCUCAUCCAGCAGACGGUGAAGAUGGAAAACUUCCCCUACGACGGUCUGUAGGGGGCGCUGAAGUUGUCACCAUAGCUCAUUCGACUCCUCAAGGACUUCUGGUGGAGAAGGUGCACAUAAUCACCGGCGCUGCCAAUUGAGAUUUCCACUGAUGCCCUCCCAAGACCACUCUGUCUUUUACUCACGUAGACCCUGUUUUACAGCCUGUCUGACAGUUUUACCUCUCUCCGCACUGCCUUAGCAUGCUGGUGUGCAUUCUGUGAGUGAAUGGGGCGGGUUUUUGUAAGCUUUAACGGGGGGGGUGGGUCGGAUAUUAUGCCUGACAGACAGGAGCGAUCCUUUAAAUCGUGUGUGAGAAAAAUGUGUUCGGCACAUCAGCUUGUGUUCUGUGUCAGAACAUGUCCUAAGGAGGUUUCCCUUCAGAAAAAGUCUUCUUGUUUCAGGAGGAUGUUUGCGAGGUGUCAUAAAUGCUGGCUUAGAGUCGGAGUCUUAAGGGGAGGUAGGUCACAUCACAGGGACCAUCUGCUAAAGGUACUUAACAUAAAGAGUUGCACUUUUAAACAGGGUCACACCCUGCGUCGUCUUAAUGAACGAUUGAUUUAAUUAAUCAAUCUAGGCCUAAUUGCUCCCGUUAAUUGCUUUCCUGAGAUGACUACUGAUGGUCUGUUCUUGUUCUUGAGGGGUGGAGAGGUCGCAUGUAGUCAGUUGUGCUAAACAGUUGUCCUGGAAGACGGACUAGUGGCGUGUUUUUGGAGCUAAGCCACAAAAAGUUGAACAAAUCGUUCUUAAAAGUUAAGUUAUGAUCAUCAGUAGACUUUGCUUGUUCGCUUUAGACUAUAUACUGCCUUCAAGUCCUGUGGUUUAGAAGUUGUAAUUACAAUGAUGGGUUUUCAAGUUAUUUACACUGCUGUUCAAAGUUUGGGUUGGUAAGAUUUUUUUUUUUUUUUGCAUAACAAUGCUGCAUUUAUUUGAUCAAAAAUACAUUAAAAGCAAGAAUAUUGUGAAAUAUUAUUACAAUUUAAAAUAAUGGUUUCCUAUGUUAAUACAUUUUAAAAAGUUAAAUUAUUUCUGUGAUGGCAAAGAUAAAUUUUCAGCAGGCAUUACUCCAAUUUUCAGUGUCACUUGAACUUCAGAAAUCUUUACUAGCCUGGUUUCCAUUUAAAGUUGCAAGUUUUUCUUAUGCACAAAAAUUGGAAUAUCGCACAAAACAUUUGCGAAUAAGCACCGUUUCCAUCCAACAUGUGACAGCGAACAAAAUCGUUACAUCAUCAUGUCUCAUAGCGCAGUCACAUGACUUUUUUUGAUGCUUAUGAAGGAAUUUAUUCGGCAAAUGCGUUUCCAUCUCCCAUUAUUCGCAUUAACCCUUUUUCACACAAGUCAAAAACCACCUCAAGUGAGCAUAAAAAUGUUUUUGCGAAAUAAGGGAUUUUUAUUCGAAAUGUGGCGUUUCCAUCACUCGUUUCUGAUGCGAUACUUUCUACUUUCUUCUAAUUCUUCUUUGCUGUAAAAUUAAUUUCUUUAAAAUAGGUCUUACUGAUCUUUGAGUAGCAGUGUAUGUUUUGACCGUUUUUUUUCAUUUGGGACCAGAAGAAAAUCGCACCAGUAAUUCAGAUACUCUUUAUAAAUCUGAUUCAGAUGCCAUAUUUUGACGUAUACUUGAAUUCUUAUUGGCAAUUUCUUGUUGUGCACAAAAAGCACCAGAGUUGACAACUGUACAGUAAAAAUGACGUCAAGUAUAAAACAAGAUUCUUGUAAACAACAAGAGCACAUCCAAUUUGAUUUCAGUGUACUUGAUGGACUAGCCAUGGGACAGGAGUUAUUGUAUUAUCGGGUCUAGAGAGAUGGAGACCACCUAAGACCUUUUACCAGCCGUAAAUUGCACUUGGGACGGAGGCUAAGUGGAAAUCAGAGCUGGGCUGCAGGGCCUUUUUCCAGCUGGCAAUCAUUGGGAACUGUGUUCUCUGUUUUAUAGCAAGCUGUGAUUGUAAUAUGAGCUGAUAUUGCUUUAACUGCACUUUGGUGUGAGUGUGGAGAGAUGCCAGGCGCCGUGUGCGGACGUGGGGUAAAACUGUCAGCAGUGCUCGGGAGUUACACAUCAGCCUCAUCCUUCUGGUCUCACCCAACAGCAGGGUCUCUGCUCUAGCCCACCUGUAGAGGGCGCACUUACUAGGGGAGGAGAUAAGAUAUCGUGACAACUUACAAUGAGCCAUGCCAUCCACACUUUAGUCCUUUGUCUCUCCCCUUGUCGUCUUUACUUUCAUCACAAACAGUUUGUGUGGCUUGUCGGCGUAACAAAAGAAAAAAAAGACCCUCUUGCAGAUUUGGGUUCUUGACUGUGAUGCCAUAUCGCUUACUGUGAAUUAACAGAUCACAGAUCUGCCACGCAAAAGCCUCCCUGUUUUUUUUAUUUUCUCACUUUUUUUUUUUUUUUAAAUCAAGUACGUUUAUUAGUGGGGAGAAAUUUUCAGUGUAUAUUUGGUGUAUAUUCUCAUGUUUUUAAACAUUUCAUCGUCGCAUCCAGGCUGCACCUUAUCUUACUAAGCUUCUGGUUCAAAACCGAGUCAGACAAUGUUGUAAUUCUGUCUUUAUCUUCGCUGGUUCAUAUAUAGUUUAUAAUCAUUUCUACUUUUACAGUGUAUAUGUGACGUUUCGCUAUUAACGUAGAUCCUGGGUACUCAUAUUUCUCAAAGAAUGCAGGGCUCUUCACGAAUACAUCAUCUCUAAUGACAGAAACCCGUAUCUUAAAUUGAUACUAUCAUGGAUUUUUUACCGCAGGUAUCUCGAUGCUUCAAGAACUUCAAUUUAUGAAUUUCACCUCACUGUGAGUCAUUUGUUACGGACUAUCAUUUCAUUUGGAGUCAUUUCCGUCGAGAGGCAGCCGUCGCCCGCCUUUCCGUUCCAAGGAAGUCAUUGUCCAUCUCUGACAACGUAGCACUUUAAUCCUAAGGAGGGAAAAAAAAAACAUAAAAAUCCAUCAAUGUUGGCUUCUUUGUUGAUUUACCCAAGCCAAUUUAAAAAAGAAGUCAACAUAAACAUUUAACAAUGCUUGUGAAAAGACAUUCACGAGAAAGCAUAAAUCAGCUAUCAGUUUUCUGCCACUCAAUAGCAGUUUAGCAGCCAUUUGUUUCUCAUUCUCUCGAGCCUGUGAAAGCGAUUCCUUUUUUUUUUUUUUUUUUUUUUUUUUUUUUCUUUCUUUCUUACAGCAACGUACCUCCAAUAUGUCAAGGUAAUUACGUGAGAGGACAGAUUGUAAUAAGGUUCUUUUGUUCCACUGAAUGUCUUUCUCUUCUUUUUUUUUCUGUAGAUAUUUCCUGUAUUGUGUGAUAUGUAUUGCCACACUUAUUGAAUAUUUGAUGUUCCAUAAUGAGCGUACGUACUGUGCGGGUAUACUGGAAAAUGACAGCUUUAGGUGUGCAGAGGUUGAAUGAUAGCCAAACUUUAUCAUCGGUCCAUGUGGUCAUAUUUUUUAUGGAGAUUUGCUAGUGGAAUCGUUGCCUUGAAAAAGACUACAGCGUUAUGUAUUGCUCUCUUGCUUUUUUUUUUUCAGCCUCGCAGCUGCGCCAAGACUAAAUUCGGGCACGGCGGCGUUCAGAUCCGAGGAAAAUUAAAAAUUAAAAGUUUCUUCAGUUGUGAGAUCAAACCAGUGAAUCCCAUCAGGGAAAAUCCGACUUUUAAAUACAAUCAUGUACAGUAUUUAUAGGCUAAAAGGCUACAAAAGCGAAGCAGUAGCCUGGCAGAGGCUGUGUUUUUCUCUUCUGGGAGACUGUGGUAAGGCUGGUGCCUAUGCUUUCAGUGGCUAUGUAAUAGUGGUGCUUAGCUUUGGGCUGGUCUGUCCGGUGCAAAGCGAAUGAGGGAUCAACAUAUCAUCCGAGUUGUUCUCGCCAUAUUGUCCGGGAGGCGUUUUGUCCAGUCUGAAUGCGUGUUUGGGGGUUUGUGUUGUUCUGUUGAAAAUAAGCCAAAGUGGAAUCUCAGCAACGGACAGUUUGUGAUCAGUCGUUAUGAAUAUGAACUUGCACAAAAACGACCCUUGCUAAGGUUGUCCACAGUUAUCUAAGCUAAACCAACAGGAAAGAAACAGCCGGAAUAUAUUUUUACUGCAAACGUUGAUUUUACAAGGUGUUGCUGUGCUGCCGACAUCUCCGUUGUCUGAUUUAUGUUGUUUUCUGUUCUGUAUCAAAACAGCAUUAAGCUUUACAUAAUGGAAAUUGCUAUAUUGUUCAAUUUGAAAAAUCUUUAAUCAUUUGUUUUUUUCUUUACGAUGCCAAAAAAGUAAUAUGCGGAUGUUUUGGGGGAGAAAAAUAGUUAGCGUUGCUUCAGCCUGCUUCAGUAUCCUACAUUCUGAGAUUGUCAAUCAAAUGCUGAGGACCCGCCCACACGCCAUAGCGAUUCCGAAAACUGCCCAGUAUUCCGCUAUAGCGAGAAUGGCAACUUCCUGUUGCGCUUUCAAUUUUUUUUUUCACGAUCACAAUUACAUUAAAGGAUCCUACUCAGAGUCAGUCUUAUUUAACGAACGAUAUUCUCAGCUCUACUAGUGAAAGAAAUGUAUUUUUGAUAAAAACACAAGUUCAGGUUAUUCUUAGUCUGGAAAACAAGCAUGUAGAGUCACAGUCCUACCUCAUUGCUGCUCAUCGUCUGUGUUCCUAGGACAGUCGCCACCCUCGUACCUCUUUCAGAGACCUGUGUAUAUCAGUCUAUAUGGUGUAGAUUCAUUUCAGAUGUCGUAUUUUACUCCCUUUAGAGCUGUGUUGAUGUUUCUGUGGCAUAGAUAGCGUUUCCUUGCAGUAAUUACAUUUUUAUCCCAUUGAUGGUGCUACAGCAGGCAUGGGUUUCUAAUCUGUGUUACUUACCUCAGAUGGUGCUAAUUUUUCUACUUUUCUGGAGGCCGUUCCGCUUUGCAUGAAUAAAACUGGUUGUUCGUUUUAUAGCAGCAGGAAUUUUGGGAUAAAAAUAAAGCGUCAGAUGAAAUCUUCGGAAUUGCAUCCAGCAUGUCGUAAAAAUUUAGUUUUUCAUUUCUCGAAUAAGACAUACCUCUCUAACAAAUUACCUCACAUACUCUGUUCCAAAUUAACAGAAUAUUAAAGCCGUGCACGCAGGAUCUAUCCGUGGCCAUAUGACCUUGUCUUUUAUCGUACAGUACGAACCUAAUGCUGGAGUAAGAAACCUGAUAAUCCAAACCAUCUACCUAAAUAUUACUGGGCAGUUGACUCUCACAGCAGUGUGGUCCUCAGCAGUUAAUGUGAAAGUCAAUCCCACUGUAGAAAUACAGUGGAACUAACAUGGUAGUCUUAUUUUUGGUGGUGGUGGGGAUGAUAUUUUGCAGUAAAGGGUUUUCUUAACUUACCAAAGUGGUUCCCUCCCAAAGAAACUCUUUGUUGUUGUCGUUAAGGACUGUUUGGGAACAAAGUCUCCGAUUUGCGUUUCAGUUUUCAGCAAAAACGGUCUUAGAAAUACGGGUGUGUUGAGCGACCGCCGCUCAGCAGAGCGUAAUUAGUCCGUCCACAAAAAUACAAUCAGUCGCGUGUUUCUGUGACAUUUUAUAUUAA